AUGGAAAAAUGUAAGGCGUCCAACCAAAAAACAUGCUUCGUCACCUUCGAUCAGCCCCUCUACGCGAAAGCUCAAGAAAUCGUGGCGAAUAAUCCGAAAUUUACAAAUGUAAUCGUGAGACUUGGAGGAUUUCAUUUGCUCAUGUCCUUUUUAGGUGGCAUUGGGUACAUAAUGGGCGGAAGCGGAUUGAAAGAUAUAUUCAGCACUAUUUACGCUGAGAAUAGUGUAGAGAAAAUGCUAGCUGGUCACGCAUAUGCCCGUGCAAUUCGUGCUCACAUCUUAUGUCAUCUUGCUUUGGCACAUGUAAUUUUGGAAUCAUUGGAAUUCACAGACGAAGAUCGUGAUGUUAUGAAACAAUUGCUUGGCAAUCUUGAUAGAUCGACGAUUCUGAGGGCUGAUGAAAACGAGGCAUUUAGGGAUGUUACGACAAAAUUCAAAGAAGCACUUGCAAAAUUAGAAAAUAAUGGUCCUACAGCCAAACUAUGGAUCCAGUAUUUUCAAAUGGUCACUUUGGUAAAGCAUUUCAUCGAAGCGGAGCGAAUGGGGAACUGGCAAUUGCAUCUGAAUACUGUUCAAAGAAUGCUGCCCUAUUUUCAUGCAAGCGGCCAUUUCUUGUAUGCAAAAUGUGCUCAUCUCUAUUUGCAAAGUAUGUUCGAUUUGGAACUCAAGAUGGAUCCAGUUGAAUACAAAAAAUUCACGACAGAAAGCUUUUUCACGAUUAGGCGUACUGACAAAUGUUGGUCAGGAAUUUGGUCCGACAUGACUAUCGAACAAACAUUGAUGCGGAUGAUGCAUAGCUCUGGGGGGCUAACUCGUGGACGAGGAAUCAGCGAUAGUGUACUGGCUCAUUGGACUUUGGGAAUAUCUCUGCACAAUGUUUGCGAAGCUUUUGAGAAUUAUUGUGACGUUCAUCUCGAUACAUCCGAGCAACAUGUCGAUGCAAGGGCUUCACGUAUCUCACGAGACGAUCAAGACCUAAACAAAUUGCUGCAUUGGUUUUCUCAGCAUCCUCCCUUUCCCGAAAUUAAUUCCCUUUUUUGCAUAAGCACUGGACUUGUUGGAGAUUCAACGAUAAACUGUCAUUUGUCCAGAAAAAUGGGUUUGAAAGGUUUGAACCAAAUGGUUACCACGUACGAAAAUUUUGAGGCAAUUAAAUUUAAACGGAAAGAUAAAGUUAUCCCACUACUAGCAGUUAAUAGCAGCAUCAAAGUCGGCGAAGAAACUAUUUGCCUCAACCCACUAAUGCUGUUUCAAAGGAUGUGCAUUGCUAAGAAAUCCGAAGACGAGAUAAAGGAUUACCUUAAAUACGAGCUGGCCCCCUUUCCUUUGUCGUUUUUUUAG